CAGCAUCAUGAAGAAGCAGCAUCUGGCCGAGUGCUUUCAGCCAGAUAUGAUCACUGGCCAAAUCUGUGCAUCCAAGAGGAGAUCGAUGCAGUUAUAUUGAUGAAGAGUUUCGACCCCUCUUUCGUGAUUAGAAACAACGUUCUAUUAAAGGAAGAUCAAGCCCUUCUUUUGUUGUCUGUGGCCAUGGGUCUUCAUGGUGUAGUCAUUUUAAAGUUGGCUUUGGAUCACGUCCCUCCCACUUUAAGCAAGACAAUGCGAAGAUCAAGUGUUCUGAUUUGGUUUUCAUUCAUCUCAGACAUGACAUCCAAGAUGGGUUUUCCAUCGUCGCCAGCUGAAGUGAAAUCCUCCUUUGAGUUCUUGGAACAAUAUUGCCCUAAGUUUCUAUCCUCCUCCAUUGCUCUAGAAGACAUUUUAUGGUCUCUUACUGGAGAUAACUGUUGUCAUUUCAACAAGUUCAUCAUUACCCAAGAGGAAUCGUGUUUGAAAUGUGAAUAGCGCCUUCAAAUGCACAGCAGCCCCACGAAAGUAAUUGUUCAUGGUUCAACAGGCCCUUUGCCUGCCAGUAAGUUAGCUCUUGAGUGCAAAGAGUGUAAAACUACAUAUGGCAUUGGGCACUUCACUGACCAAAGUGGAGCACAUAUUUAUCCAAAAGGUAUUCAUUCACCUUUCACUGAGGCAAGCAACGUGUCCUAUAUGGAUCAUAAUUUCUACAAGUGGAAACCGAGCCUUGGGUGAGUGUUGUUCCAUUCAAGAUAUAUGUUCCCCUAAACUUGAGUAACCAGUUUCAUGUACUUGAUUGAUAAGAUUAUUUGAGGAAAAAAUUAAAAUCCUUUGAUCUUAUCUUUUUUCAGAGAAACCACUGCUGGGUCUCAUUCAGUGGGUUCUUGGAGGCAUAUAAAGAGGCUUUUUCAGCAGAGGUACAAAAGUUUACUGACUGCCUAUCAGGUGGGAAAUGGAGUUUACUUUUUUGUACAGGAUAUUGCAUGCAGCAGCACGCAAUAUAUGCAAAGGUUGGCAAAGCAGGGGUUUCCAAUAACACAUUAUGCUGA